AUGAAAGCUGGCAUGUCUUUAGAUGAUCCCUCGAGCAAACGCCAGGCGUAUCGGGCCAAGAAACAAGAAGAUCGACAAGAAAUGAAGCACGUCAAGAUAGAUACACAAAAUACCGCGAAUAAAGUGGAUUUGCCCCGGAAAAGGUUUUACAGACAACGUGCGCAUUCUAAUCCGUUUUCUGAUCAUCAAUUGGAGUAUCCAUUGAGCCCAGGUGACAUGGAAUGGAAGUUAUUGUAUCCUGCAUUUUAUGACGAAUCAACGGGCCUAAUGACCAAACAAGUGACCAUUGCAGACAUUGGAUGUGGAUUUGGCGGACUUCUCGUGGAUUUAUCGCCUCAGUUCCCUGACAAAUUGAUUUUGGGUAUGGAAAUCCGGGUUCAAGUGACCAACUACGUCGAAGACAGAAUCAUUGCAUUACGAGCUAAUAACGCCGAAACUAGUGCAUACCAGAAUAUAAGCGUGCUAAGAGGCAAUGCCAUGAAGUUUCUACCCAAUUUUUUUCAUAAAGCGCAAUUGGAAAAGAUGUUCUUCUGUUUCCCAGAUCCACACUUUAAGCAAAGAAAGCAUAAGGCAAGAAUCAUAACCAACACCCUUUUAAGCGAAUAUGCGUACGUCUUGAAAGAAGGUGGUGUUGUUUACACGAUAACGGACGUUGAAGAUCUCCACAAUUGGAUGAAAAAACAUCUAGAAGAACAUCCACUUUUCGAAAGACUCUCUUCACAGUGGGAAGAACAAGACGCUUGCGUUCAAAUUAUGCGAAAUGCAACAGAAGAGGGUAAGAAAGUUGCUAGAAAGCAAGGUGACAAAUUUAUAGCUUGUUUCAAAAGGCUACCGACACCUACCAUUAUAUAG